CUGCUGAUGAUGUUAGCCUGAUCAUUUCACCCUGUCAUUUCAGACCGUGCUCCUGACCUGAGUAGCUAACCACCAUGGCCCUGCUGAAAUCCAGUAAGAUCCUUUCCAGUGGCAGUUUUCCCCCAUCUCUGGGGGUGCUCUCCACUCGAGCCAGCUCAUGGUGGACCGAGGUGCAGAUGGGGCCUCCCGACCCCAUCCUGGGGGUCACCGAGGCCUUCAAGCGGGACACCAACCCCAAGAAGAUGAACCUGGGUGUGGGGGCGUACCGUGACGACCAGGGCAAACCCUAUGUCCUCAGCUGUGUUCGCAAGGCUGAAGCCCAGAUUGCUGCCAAGAAGCUGGACAAGGAGUACCUGCCCAUCGGGGGUCUGGGGGAAUUCGCCAAGGCCUGUGCAGAGCUGGCACUGGGUCCUGAUAACGAGGUCCUCAAGAGUGGCAGGAGCAUCACUGUCCAGACCAUUUCAGGCACCGGGUCUCUGAGAAUUGGGGCCAAUUUCCUGUCCCGAUUCCACACCGUGGCGCGGGACGUGUACCUGCCCAAGCCCUCCUGGGGUAACCACACCCCCAUCUUCAGGGAUGCAGGAAUGCAGCUGAAGGCCUACAGCUACUAUGACCCAAAGACCUGUGGGUUCGACUUCCAGGGGGCCUUGGAUGACAUCUCGAAAAUCCCAGACAAGAGCGUUCUCAUGCUCCACGCCUGCGCCCACAACCCCACCGGGGUGGACCCCCGGCCAGAGCAGUGGAAGGAGAUCGCCGCCCUGGCGAAGAAAAAGAACCUGCUUGUGUUCUUUGACAUGGCCUACCAGGGCUUCGCCAGCGGGGACAUCGACCGCGAUGCCUGGGCCGUGCGCUACUUCAUCGAGCAGGGGCACAACAUCCUGCUGUCCCAGUCCUUCGCCAAGAACAUGGGCCUGUACGGUGAGCGUGUGGGCGGGUUCACGGUGGUGUGUAAGGAUGCGGAGGAGGCCAAGCGGGUGGAGUCACAGCUGAAGAUCCUGAUCCGCCCCAUCUACUCCAACCCCCCCAUGAACGGGGCGCGUAUUGCCUCUGCCAUCCUCAACAGUGCUGACCUGCGCAAGGAGUGGUUGGAGGAGGUGCACGGAAUGGCCAACCGCAUCAUCAAGAUGAGAGAGCAGCUGGUGGCCAAUCUGAAGAAGGAGGGCUCCACCCACAACUGGCAGCACGUCACCGACCAGAUUGGCAUGUUCUGCUUCACCGGCCUCAAGCCAGAACAGGUGGAGCGCCUGACGAAGGAGUUCUCAGUCUACAUGACGAAAGAUGGCCGCAUCUCCGUGGCGGGGGUCACCUCGGGUAACGUGGGCUACCUGGCGCACGCGAUCCAUGAGGUGACCAAGUAAAAAGCGGGCGACGGUGGAGCCCUUCAGCCGCCCGAAACAUCGAGGGUGGGGGAGGGGGGGCCGUGACGUCAAGCACGUCUCAAUACAAAAAAAUGCAGCCUUCACAAAAUUAUUAUUAUUGCUACUUUUCUGUGUCCUACCCCCACCCCUCCAUAAGGAAGAAGCCCAAGUUUUAGGAAGAUGCAUUGGUGCUUGAGAUUAUACUGUAUUAAUUGGCGACUCGAGUUUACUUUGUUGCCCCCUUGUGGUCAGGAUGUUCAGUCCUUUCUGAAGGCCUGCACAGUAUUCCUGCACUCCCACCUGAAAGGUCAAAGGUCAUCAAUCAAGGACCGCAGUGUCUGCAGGGUUUGUCGUGCUACUCCAAGCACUUGAACACUGAUUCAGUCAGUGGUCUCAACUGAGCAGAUUUGAUCCCUCCCCCUUCCUGGGUUUAAGGAGAACUGGAAACCCUGGAUGGAGGCACUUGGGUCCUGGAGUGAGUAGAUCUGUUGCAGACACUGCUUGAGUCCCUCUGAUUCGCACAGAAAAAAAAAAAAAAACUUACCGGCACAAGCUUACAGUUCACCAGGUUUCCUAAACUGCAGGAAAGGAUUUAUAUGAAGGCUUAAAGUUUGUAAAGGUAUUUUGGUCCUCCCAACCCUUAAGAAUGACCUGCUUAACUUUCCAGGUGGGAGUUUUUCCUGUGCACAAAUCACUGUUUGAUUUCUCUUCCAAAAAAAAGCCUUGGUUUUAACAAGGAAAUUUUGCUUGACUUGACCAUGUGGUUAUGGGGACGUUUGGUAUUUUAAUAUGAUCCAUAAAUUAAUAUAAACUGUACUGGGCUUUUGCCCCUCUCUCUGAGUAUUUUCAUUGUUGAGUCUGUAGAAUAGGAUAUAUAUUUGCAGUUUUAAGCGUCCCAAUUUAAAAAAGGUGGAAAAAAAAAAGGUAGAGCAUCUCCUUGCAGUAGGAGCUGAACCACAGCACUUGCAGAGGUGAUGGAGCUGCUUCUCUCAUGCACUGGUAAGAGGGGAGUGGCCACAGUGUGAGCUCGGGAUAUUGGGUGGCAUCUUAAACAUUUAAGUCGGUCAAGAAUUGACAGCUCCUCUAACAUUUGCACUUCUGAGUCAUAACCUUGCGAAGCACUUAAAGUAAAAGGGUUUCGGUUAACUGUGGGAAUGUGGAAUAGGAUUAAACUGUUAUCAGCUCCACGGUUUCUAAACUGAGGUUGCUGGGGUGAUGUAUAGAAGUGGUCUGCCUAAGCCUCUGGUGUUAACUCUUAAUAGUGUUGCUCAGCUCUCUGUUAAACUUCACGCUCUAGUCUUAGAGGAUUUUUCAUUUCUGUUCUUCUGCAUUUAGGAGGGAGCAGGCAGUUUUUAUACUUUAUAUCAAUCAUUGUUUGAGUAUGAGGUGUAUCCCAGGUUUGACCAAUCGGAUCUGAGCUCUGCCCUCUCCACACUGCCAUCCCCCUAACCACCUGGUUAUCAGACCGACUUUAUAAGAUGGAGGCUGAUUUAAAACGUGUGAAUUGUAACUCUCCAAACUUUCUGUGUGCUGGGCUCUUGUUGGUGUGUCAUUAUUUGAGUUUCUCCUGACUUCACAGGGUCCAGAACAUCCCAUGUUCAGUCAUGUCUUCAUAGGUACUGGGCCCUCACAGAGUAUCUGCUAAUCCUCAAGGUCAGGCUAGAGUCGAGGCUUCUCAUUUCAGCACUGAAUGUACAAAAACAGUCUGUUCUGUAACUUGGCGGCACCCAAACUGUUAACACUUUCAACAUCCAUUCUGAAUUAAAGUGAGCUCUAAGGUC